AUGCUACUGAAACUUGCGUUAUUAUUUUUCAUAGAAGUUACUAGCCAUGAAAUUUUCAAAUUACCCGGCCAGAAUUUCAAUUUUGAUUCAAAACAAUUUGCAGGAUAUUUGAAUGUGACAGAUUCAAAGAGAAUGUUUUAUUGGUUAGUUUUUCUUUGAGCUUUUUCACAACGAAUCAUGUAGUUUCUUUCAAUUAUAAAAAAGUUCAGGCUUGCUGAAUCGGAAAACAAUGUGACAACAGAUCCUUUGAUUUUUUGGUUCAAUGGAGGCCCUGGAUGUUCGUCAUUAACAAGUUUAUUUUUAACUGGUCCCUUCAACAUAGAUUCGUUGGGAAGAGUAUUGAGCAAAAGUGAAUAUUCUUUCACAAAACUUGGAUCAAUUGUGUACAUCGAAUCUCCAAGUCCAGUUGGAUUCUCAUAUUCGACUGAUCACUCUGACCCAUUUUUAGAUCAAAUGACUGCUCAAGAUAAUUAUAAAGCAAUCAAAUCGUUUUUUCAAGUGGGUAUGCUUGGAAACUAUUCAAAAAUUGUUUUUUUUUCAGGAGUAUCCACAAUUCAAAAAUCAUGAGGUAUUUUUGACCGGAAUUUCUUAUGCUGGAAUAUAUGUUCCGAUGUUAGCUAGAAAAAUUAUUGAUAAUCAGAGAAAUUUCAAAAUUAAUCUGAAGGUGGGGAAUGUUUUUCGUUUAUUCUCUCUUAUCUUACGAUUCUCUCGUCGGGAAAUACAAAUAUUUUCAGGGAAUCGCUCUUGGUGGACCUCUUUUGAGCGAAGAGCUAAGAGUGAAAUCAGGUUUAGAGUACAGUUAUUCACAUGGAAUAAUUGAUGAAGAUGUUUAUCGGGAUAUUCUUGAAAACUGCUGUAAUAACAAUCUGGAGAAUUGCAAUUUGAACUAUAAUAUUAGUGUAAACCUUUAACAGAUAACAUUUAUUUUCUUCAUCACCCUGAACUGAAUGUUUAUCAAAUCGAUAAAAAAUGUGAGCAAUCACCGGAUAAAAGCUCGCCAAAUUCUUGUGGAUUCAAACGGGAUUCGAUUAUGGAAAGUUAUUUCAAUCAAAAUGAAACAAGAGAAAUAUUGAGAAUUCCUGACGAAGUUGGAAAAUGGGAACGAUGUCGAGAUUUGAUGUAUUUUCCUCCAUCAGAUGACAUUGAUGAACAUAUCAAACAAGCAAUAAAUAAUGAUGUUAAAGUUCUGUUAUAUUUUGGAGAUAUGGAUAUGGUUUGUCCUUUUUCACAUGGACAAAGAUUUGUGGAGAAUUUAGGAAUUGAAGUGAGUUUUUUCUUGAGAGAAAUUUCACAUUAUUUAUUUUUUGUUUAGGAAAUUGAGAAUGGUCUAAUCACAAGAAAAGAUCAAGAAAUUAUUGGAAAAUACACAUCAUACAAAAAUCUGGAUUUUAUGGUUUUCAAAAAUGCUGGACAUUAUUUGGGAGCCACCUAUCUAGAGAGUCAAUUUGAACUUCAUCGGAAUUUUUUUAAAUAUCAAAAGUUGAAUGUUUUGUAA